AUGCAGAAAACGUUACAAACGUUACAAACAAUUCACUAUGGAUCAAAUCUAUUCAUCGUAUUUGCGAAAAAAUUUUUAAUAGAGAAUGAGCAACAGAAGUGCGAAAAGCAACAUAAUUCGGGCUACACUGAUUCCGGAUUUUUAUCCAGUGGAAAUCUCCAAAUCAGUUCAGAGCUACACGACCACGAAUUGAAUAUUGCAACCGCAUCUGUUGUUCCGGAACCAAUGAGAAUAGAUAGUGGUGUGGAUCUUGACUCAAGCGAAAACUUGAGUCAAUUUACAUUAAAAAAAGUUACAUUAAAUCCUUUAGCGAGCAAUAAAGUUCAAGUUGAACCUACUGUCGAAUUGACUCCAGUAAAAACCGACAAAGUUGUGCAGAACGAUGUUUCAACAUUGCGACACGAAUCGCAUCAAUCUUCUGAGAAAUCGCUCAGUAAUAAAUCUUGGCAAUUCUACUAUACACAGAAUGAUGAUGGGGACACGUUACUUCAUAUGGCCAUAAUACAAGGUUAUAUGGAAGCUACAUUCAACUUGAUAAAAAUGGCACCACAUUCAUGCCUUUUAAAUAUCCAAAAUGAUGAUGGUCAGACACCUUUACAUUUGGCUGUAUUGACACAACAACCAAAGAUCGUCAGGCGAUUAAUUCUGGCAGGUGCAAAUCCAUCGCUGAGAAGUUUUCGUGGAAACACGCCGCUUCAUCUAGCAUGUACGACCGGUGAUCUUACCUCGGUAAAAGCUCUCAUUGAUCCAAUAAAUUCCAUGGAAAAGAAUUACUUUCAUGCUGGAGAAAAAAUACAAAUUCUAUCACAAGAUCUGGAACAACGAAAUUAUAAUGGACAAACAUGUUUACACAUUGCGGCUUCAUCAGAUCAAGUAGAACUCGUACGACUUCUAGUACAUCGCGGAGCAGAUCUCAAUACUAGAGAAGGAUUAGCAGGACGAACGGCUCUUCACCUUGCUAUGCAAUAUAGAUGCCGAUCGGUGAUUGCGUUCCUCCUUCAAGAAUGUAGAUUUUCUUUAGAUACAAAAACUUAUCGUGGAGAGACUGCGUACCAAUUAGCUUUACAUGUUGAUAGACAACUUGCAAGAGAAUUAGUAAGAUUAGGAGCAAUACCAGAACCACUUCCUGAAUCAGAUUCGAAUAGCAGUGAUGAAGAUGAAAGUCCUGCAAUAAUUUAUAUAUCUCAGGCAUAAUUGUUGUGAAAG